AUGUUCAGGGGCGUGGACCCGCGCGACGGCGCCACCCCGUGGCUCCUCAAGCGCUGCCGCGCGCGCGAGUUCGACGAGUUCCACGCGGAGGUGCGAGGGGGGGAUGAGGAGAGGAGGGGGGGGGGGGGGGAGUGCCCAGUCUGUGGAGCCGAUGCAGGCGAAGGAGGAAAGUACACGUUUGAAGAACUGCUUCCUCCCCUCGUCUUACCCUCUCCCUCCCAUCCCACCCGUCCCCCACCCUUCCUUCUCCGCCCUCCACCCUUCCUUCUCCGCCCUCCCCCCCUGGCGUGCCUUCCCCGCCCCCUUCCCCCUGGCGUGCCUCCCCCCCCCCCCCCCUCCCCCUGGCGUGCCUCCUCCCUCCCCCCCCCCGCCCCCUGGCGUGCCUUCCCCGCCCCCCUCCCCCUGGCGUGCGCGCCAUCAAGGGGCAAGCAGGUGACGGAGAUGGGCAACAAGAACCACCCCCAACCUGGUGCGGCUGCUGGGGUACUGCGACGAGCAAGACAAGCAGGGCCGGUGGGAGAAGGUCGUGGUGUAUGA